GCCUUCACUAUCGGCUCUAUGUGUUGCCGCUCAUGGUGUUAGCACACCAGUGUGUGUCUCAGCCUGCCGGCGCGAGUGAGUGCAUUGCUGUGCAGCUGUGUGUGUGUGGAUGUGUGUGUGACUCCGGCGCUCUCUCUGCGUUGCGACAGGUGGAGAUGACAUGACUGCGCUCGAGAGGAAGAAAGCAAAGGACCUACGUGGGCAGCAAGUGUUUCUGCGUCCCGAGGAAAGUUCAGCCCCGGCUCUGGGCACCAGGCAGUCCACCACGUUGUCCGAACAGCUCCAGGAUGCCUUGCUGCGGCUGGCAGCAGUUGUUGAUGUACGCUCGCUCCGAGUGGCCCUGCGAGACAGCGUUCAGGAGCUGCUCCCCAGCACGGAGUGCGUGUGCGUCUUCGUGCUGGAGGGAGACUCCAGGCUGCUGUGUGACGACCCGCCGUACGAAGUGCUACAGGAAGGGAAGAUCAGGAGUGCUGUGGAGCAGCAGAAGCGAUGCGAGUGUGCCGGUUUCCCUCCGUCUGAACUGCCAGAGAAAUACAGGCUCUUCCUCGCUGCACCGUUACCGGCACACAGGAGAGCUCUUGUAGUCCCCAUCUUGGAUCAGGAUCACACCAAGGUCCUAGCCGUCUUACUGGUGGGAUGUGGCCCGCUAUCAGAUCAAGACGAACUGCAUCUGAAUGUGCUGGGAAAACACGCCUCGGUGGCAUGUGUUCGCAUCCAGGCUGUGCAGGCGUCCUAUCAGAGGCCUCUUCUGAGCCCGUCUCCACUGCAGUCCCACAAUGCUCUGCUGCACCUCAAUGUCUCAGAGCAGGACUACUGCGAGCUAGAUCGCAACAUUCUGCAGCUCUGUGGUGAGCUCUAUGACCUUGAUGCCGCUUCUCUUCAGCUCAAAGUCAUCAAUUAUCUGCAGCAGCAGACCAAGUCUCAGUGUUGCUGUUUGUUGCUGGUGUCUGAGGACAACCAUCAGCUAUUCUGCCAGGUGGUUGGAGACAAAGUGCUGGAGGAGGAGAUCAGCUUCCCGCUGAUGUUUGGACGCUUUGGUCAAGUCGUGGAGAAAAAAAAGUCUAUUUCCCUCCAGGACAUCAGCGCUGAAGAACGCAGGCAGCUGUCCAGCAUGCUGGGUUGUGAGAUCUCCUCCAUGCUUUGUGUCCCUGUUGUCAGCAGGGCCACCGGUCAUGUGGUGGCGCUAGCCUGCGCUUUUAACAAGCAGGGCGGACAGAGACAUGCAGAGGCAGACGAACACGUCAUCCAGCACUGUUUCUGCUACACCUCAACAGUCCUCACUUCAACUCUGGCCUUUCAGAAAGAGCAGAAACUAAAAGUGGAAUGCCAGGCACUUCUGCAAGUAGCCAAGAACCUCUUCACACACUUGGAUGAUGUGUCAGUGCUGCUACAGGAAAUAAUUGUGGAGGCCAGGAACCUGAGCGACGCAGAGAUCUGUUCAGUGUUCCUGCUGGAUCGGGUUAGCCAUGAGCUAGUGGCGAAGGUGUUUGAUGGCGGUGUUGUUAGCGACGAAGAGAAUGAGUUUCGUAUCCCAGCCGAUCAAGGCAUCGCAGGCCAUGUUGCAACCACCGGUCAGAUUUUGAACAUUAAGGAUGCCUACUCCCACCCUCUCUUCUACCGCGGCGUGGACGACAGCACCGGCUUCAGGACUCGCAACAUUCUCUGCUUCCCCAUCAAAGACGAAAACAACGAGGUGAUUGGUGUAGCGGAGUUGGUGAAUAAAAUGAACGGGCCAUGGUUCAACCGCUUUGAUGAAGAUCUGGCCACAGCUUUCUCCAUCUACUGUGGAAUCAGCAUUGCCCACUCUCUGCUCUACAAGAAAGUCCAUGAAGCUCAGUUCAGGAACACGCUUGCCAAUGAAAUGAUGAUGUACCACAUGAAGGUGUCAGAGGAGGAGGUGACUAAGCUGCUUGUGACCGGAAUCGAACCCGUGAAGGAGAUUCAUUCGUGUUUCGCCGAGUUCACCUACACUCCCCGUUCCCUUCCUGAUGACACGACACCUCAUGGCGUCCUCAGCAUGUUUGAAGAUAUGGGUUUCAUCAACACGUACAAGAUUGACCUGCACACUCUCGCCAGGUUCUGUCUGAUGGUGAAGAAAGGCUAUAGGGACCCUCCAUACCACAACUGGAUGCAUGCCUUCUCCGUCUCACACUUCUGCUACCUGCUCUACAAAAACCUAGGGUUGUCCAACUACCUCGAGGAUAUAGAGAUUUUGGCUCUCUUUGUUUCCUGCAUGUGCCACGAUCUGGACCAUCGCGGCACCAACAAUUCUUUCCAAGUGGCCUCGCAAUCAGUCCUGGCUGCUCUCUACAGCUCCGAGGGAUCUGUAAUGGAGAGACACCACUUUGCCCAGGCAAUUGCUAUUCUCAACACACAAGGCUGCAACAUCUUUGAGAAAUUCUCCAGGAAGGAUUACCAGAGGAUGCUGGAUCUGAUAAGAGACAUCAUUCUGGCUACAGACCUGGCUCAUCACCUUCGAAUUUUUAAGGACUUGCAGAGGAUGGCUGAUGAUGGAUACAAUACAAAGAGUCGCACCCAUCACUCCUUGCUGUUGUGCCUGCUGAUGACUUCCUGUGAUCUGUCAGACCAAACCAAGGAUUGGAAAACAACACGCAAGAUUGCGGAGCUGAUUUACAAAGAGUUCUUCUCUCAAGGAGAUCUGGAGAAAGCCAUGGGGAACAGACCAAGUGAGAUGAUGGACAGAGAGAAAGCGUAUAUCCCAGAACUACAGAUCAGCUUCAUGGAGCAUAUCGCCAUGCCCAUCUACAAACUACUGUCCGAACUGUUCCCCGGGGCCACUGAGCUGUACGAGCGGGUGGCAGCGAAUCGCGAGCAGUGGACCAAAGUCUCCCAUAAGUUCACCAUCCGCGGGUUGCCCAGCAACAACAGCCUGGACUUCCUGGACCAGGAGUACGAGCUGCUUCAGUCGCAGGGUGCUUUUGGGAGCGACGACCACUGCCUGAAUGGCUGUCUGGAUGACACAGAGGGAGGUCAGGGCCAGUGACAAACAGCGGGGCCUCCGACAGCGCGUUAAUCCUGAAGUUUUCUUGUGGUCCAAUAAGAGGCGAAGAAUACCUUUCUAGAGGCCAAAGACAGGCUGGUCUCUGAUGUCAACCAGCUGGCGUGCUUUAGUGGGCCUUGCAGGAUGAAAACUGAAUCAGACGGAUGCUCUGAACCGAUUCGUCUGAGUCACUGAUUCGAUGCUUGAUGUCGCUUGUGUCAACCAGUCGAGGAGCGUAAAAGACGACGAGUAUCUUUCUACAUGUCACACGUUCAUUCGUACAGUACUGAUCCUUCUUAAGAUUGUAAAAAAUAAAACAAAUCGACACAUAUUCGCACAAACGAGGUGGAAGCAUUCGUAGUUGUGGCAAAGACUCCAGCGUGCAACGAUGAGGUGAAAUGCUCUAUUUUCCGUUACGGCGUGCGUUCAUUUCGGUUGCCACAGAUCCCACCUGCUGCUUAUGAAUGCAUGACGGACGAACACCUUACCAAUUAUAAACCAAUCUGUGAUCAUUUUCCCCCAUUCGUAGGAAACUAAAGCAUUCUAUUUUUACACAGUCAUAGCAGAUUUUUGUAUCCACCUCGUCAGAGUAUGUUUAGAUUCAUGACCUCUUUUUGUUCUUGUUCCUUCAUUUCAACACAUAAACUCUCCUUCUAUGUUUUAGUGGAGUUUAAGGGACAUUUUUGACAAUCACCCAUCAAUAACAACAGAGGCCAUAAAUUAAAAUAUAUAUAUAUAUAUAUAUAUAUAUAUAUAUAUAUAAAUGAACACAUGCAUUUUGUGAACAUUAGUCACAAGUAUUUGCCCCAUUUAUUGUUUGUGCUUUCUGUUGCAUUAAAAUGUUUUAGAUCAUCAAACAAAAUUUUAUAUCAGACAAGGGUAGCGUAAAGUAUGAAAUCCUUAUUUGUUUUCUUUAUAUCAAUAAUUAAAUCCAAAUUAACUUUGACCUAUGUAAAAAUAUAUAUAUAUAAAGUGCUUACGCCCUACAUCUAAUGACUGGCUUCAACAGAUGCCAUCAGUCAUUGCAAAGACAAGCAAUGAGUUUUUUACAAUGUUGUGGAGAAAUUUUGUCCCACUGUUAUUUUCUGAACUGUUUUAAUUUAGCCACAUUGAAGAGAUUUGUGCCAUGAUUUUCCUGUUUUAGGUCAUGUCACACCAUCUAUAAGAACUUUGCGUGCAGGAUUGGAUUAGGCCACUUCAAAACCUUGCCUUUGUUUCUUUUUUUGAGUCAGUAAAAAGUGAACUUGCUGGUGUCAAGUGAGCUGAAGAUAAAGAUCAGAAACUGAUGACUGCAGCCUUAUUUUAUGCUACAGAGCUGAAUUUAAUGACAGAAAAUUGUUGAGGUCCUCAGGCUGAAAUACAAAAUGUCAUUUUUGUCCAUUGUGUUUCUUAUAUUUCAGUCAUGAACACUGAUCUUAACUGAGGCAGAUAUAGUGCUUUAAAUGUUCCGGGUUCCUUUUUUAUGUCCUGGAUGAACCAUCAACAUGCUUCUGCAUUAAUUAUGAUAAACCAAUCUCUUCCAGGAAGGUUUAACCACUGCUCUAUUUUUUAUUGCUGCCUACGGGAGUCCCACGUCCUCACAAAUAUAUUUGUAACCCUUCCCAGAUUAACGCUUGUUAAUUAUACAUUCCCAUCUGUUCUUGAAUUUCUUUUGGUUGGAGUGUAAUAUGUUGCUUUUUUAAGCCUACUUCAUGUUGCCAGACAGAUUCUAUUCUAAGUAAUUUCUGAUUCUAUGGGUCUGACAAUAAUGAGGUUGUACUUAAUGAAACUGAACCAAAAAAAAAAAAAAAUAGGUUGUCUCAGAUAAUUCUUAAAUUAACAAGGGAGGGGCUAGAUUAGGUUUUCAUGCAGCACCAGAUUAGUUUGGAUAGAUUUUUUCCCAAUAAGUGAAAUUAUAAUUUGAAGACUGCUCUAUCUUUGUCUGAUAUUAAAGGUUAUUUGAUGCUCUGAAACAUUUAGUUUCAAAAAGAAAAUGCAAAAACAGAAAAAAAAAUCUGGGACAAAUAUUUACUACAGUACUGUUUAUUUUCAUAAUCCAAAUUAUUUAAUUGCCUUUUUUGCAUUUUUGUAUUUUUUUCCUUUAACUAACCAUUUGAAGACAAAAAAAGAGAAGCCCUUUAAACAAUCCAUCUCAUUCGUUGGUGUAACUGUGCAGUAGAGUGUGUUAAGUAGAGUGUGUCACUGAGUGUGUCCUAUGGAUCUGCCUUAUUGCGUAUCUUUGCUGCCUUUAUUAGAGCUUUUAAUAUAUAAAAGUGGAAUAAAAAGUCUGUUUAGUAUGUUUGUUGAAUAUUCCUAUGGACACUGUGUUGACUGAGAACAUGUAUAUUUUGUAAAACACUUGUUUAAAGACCUCAAACGUUGCAUCUUUUCACUUCUUUUCUAUUCCUGCCUGUCUGUGCAUCGUACAUGAAAGCAUUAUUACGUAGGAAACAACAUAAAGAAAAAAAAGAAUCAACAAGAGAUGUAGCCAUGAUAGAAAACGUCAAAUAGGGUGUGUUUUCCAGACUUGUGCAUCAUAAAAAAAUAAAAACUAAAACUUCAGAGAAAUGGGGUUUAGUGUCACAACAUGCCAUACUUACUUUCACAUUAACUACAAUGACAAGGAUAUGCUUUCGAGUUAGGAUAGGACAGCUUAUAAAGUGCAGGGUCGUGUGUUGGUGUGCUAUGCAUGACAAGACCUUGAAAAAGUAUUCACAUACUGUCAUGUUACAACCACAAACUUCAGCGUAUUUUAAUGGAUUUUAUGUGAUAGACCAACACAAAGUCUUUUUAUGUGUCCGCUACCUCCACAAACCUGCAAAAUAGGUUAAAUUCAGUCAUAUUGAAAAGUAAUUUUUAAGUUUGGUCUCAGACUUUUUUCUGCUGUGUUCCUUGGCUGCAAUGAUGCUGCUUAUUGAUUAAUAUUCUCUUACAAACCUCUCAAGCCUUCACAAAACAGCUGGAUUUAUGUUCAAUUUAAAUUGGACACAAUUUAAACUUACUAAAUAGAUUAAUUCUGGGGGUUAUAAUUUGUACAAGGAUUUAUUUAGGGAUAUCAGUGCUAAACGCAAAUGCAUUUUAAAUUUUUUUUAGAUAAAAUUUUUAUUAGAUGGGGAAAAUAUCAUUUCACUUCCACUUCAUAGUUUUGCACUACUUUGUGUUGCUAUAUCACAAGAAAUCCCAUUGAAAUCCAAUUUGGUCUGUAUUUAUUACAUGAUUAAUUGUGAAAAGGUUCAACAGGUAUGAAUGCUUUUUGUAAGGGAUUCUAGUUACUGGGGGUUUUCUUAUUUUGCAUAAGAAUCAGAGUGCAGUAAAUGUCAACAAAAUUAUCAGAUUGAAAUAUGAGAUUUUUCUUUCUAUAUGAAGAAUCCCACAAAGGGUAUUUGCAGGAAACAUUUUGGUUUCUUUGGAUAUACCUGAACAGUGCUGAAUGAAGGGGUUGAAUCUGCCCUUCCUCUGCUUUGUAAACUCACUUUAAAAAGGCAUCAAGGUGUGUUAAAAAGUCGCUUCUUGGUCUAUCAUUUUUCUCAUUUGUCCUAUCAUUUGCUUCAUAUGCCCUUGCUUUUUUUCUGUGCAAUAUGAAGCCUCUGUUUCUGUGACAAUGCACAGAUACUUACGUACUUAAAUAGGAUUUGCUAAAUACCUAUGCCUCUUGUUAUAUUAUUGCUUUAGGUCUGAGUUGCCAAAGGCUUUUUAAAUGUUAAGUCACAUUGUUUCCAUGAAAAAAAGUAAAUGAAAUGGGACUUUUUUUUCCCCGCUACAAAUGCUUUUCAGAGUUCAGACCUUUGACAGUUUUCUAUGAGUCUGUGUUUGUCUGUUAAUGUUCGUCUUAGAGAGUCAGGGCUAAAUGUGCCAAGCAAACACUUUCCACUUCCUGGCCCAGCUGCAAGAUGAAAGCCAGACGUGGCUUAAGGAAUAGCUUGAUGUCAGAAGGCUGUUGGUGACAGCGCUUCAUCAUGUCAGCUUGUCCAGGAAGCAUAAAGCCAAUCUACUGUAUUUCCUCUCAUCACAGCAGGAACAGCAGGACUUAAACCUGUGAUGUGAUAACAUUGUAAUGAUCACCUGUGACGUAUUUGCUAAAAGUGGCAAGAAUACAUAUAUAUAUAUAUAUAUAUAUAUAUAUAUGUAUUUGCUGUAAAUAAUAAAGUUUAAAAACACAAAUGUUUUGAUUGUCAUCAUUACAAUGGGAAGUACUGUGUUUUAAUUCUGUAAUGUAUUUAUAGUGUUUGCUACCUGAUUUUUUUUUUUUUUUUUUUAGUUUGUCGAAGCCAUUUUUGAGCAAACCCAAGCCCCAAAAUCUAAGCUGAAGAUUAGAGAAACAUAUAUGUGUACUUAGGAUAUAAACAAAAUAUUCUACCACGACUAAAAAUUCACACUACUUGUAUGAAUAGUGCUUAAGCUGAAAGGUGAAUUUGAUCAUCUUUAAAGAUUUGUUUGGUGGGCUCUGAGUACUGUUGAUCUGAUUCUUUUCAAGACGAAAGAAAACGUAUAACAUUUUGGUUUGUUUUAUUUUUUUUCUGUCUUUCUUUCUUGAAAUAAAUCUAGUGAAAGGUG